UGUGGUGUCUUCAUUCAAGGUCAAAGCUGCAGUAUCAGCGGGAACGAGAUGUGGAAUGCCUACCAGAAUAUCCGCAACAUCGGCGGCUGUAAGAAGUGCGGCUCGUACCAUCGGAAAGAUGGGUGCAGGGUGACCGUCGAUUAUGUCUAUCAAUGCGACAAUCAUCAAAAUCUACCAUGA